CUGCUACUGACACUGCUGGGCCAUCUAAACAAGGCAGACAGAGGGAAUUGGAUGAGGCUCUUGUAGACAUGGUGGUAAAGGAUUUGCAGCCCUUCACUAUCGUGGAGGAUGAGGGUUUCAUGGCUUUUGUGAACAAACUUGAUCCAAGCUAUGUCCUCCCAUCCCGGAAGGCACUUAAAACGAUGGUAACCGAAAGGUACAACAUUUCUAAGGAGAAGACAAUGGAGGACCUAAAAAAGGCAGAUUUUGUUAGCCUUACAGCUGACAUGUGGUCCUCCAUUAAUAUGGACGGAUACCUUGGUGUUACUUGCCACUACAUAACACCAGAGGCAAAGCUGGCAACUGUUGUACUGGGUGUAAGGAGGUUUUACCAAACACACACAGCCCAGCAUCUCAUGGAGGCUAAAGCUUUGCUAAUGGCCGAGUGGGGAAUAACCACCAAAGUUCAGUGUAUGGUGACUGAUAAUGCAUCCAACAUGAUCUUAAGUGCCCAGCUACUGAACCUUCGGCAUGUCCCAUGUUUUGCCCACAAUUUAAAUUUAAUUGUAAAAAAGGCCCUAGAUCAAACCCCACUCAUCAAUGAAAUACGACAGAAAGCCAGAAAGAUAGUGGGGUUAUUUAGAUCCAGCUGCAAAGCAAAGGACAAGCUUGUGGAGAUGCAGGGCUUGAUGGGCAGACCAGCUCUGAAACUGAUGCAGGAGGUGGACACAAGAUGGAACAGCACUUACGACAUGUUGCAGCGCUUGUAUGAGCAACGAGAGCCAGUGGGUGCAGCGUUUUGA